AUGCCAUCGCUGAUGAGGUGGAGAAGAUCUCCAAGUUCGAGGCCGUCCGAGCGGGCUGGCGUCUUCGUCCGCACACUCAUCCAGCGAGAUCCGGAUGUCAAGAGGAAGCGCGAUGUCAAGCGGAUGCUCUGGAGGCGGCUGGAGAUGUGGCAGAAGGGGCAGGUGGAGGAGCUUGUGUGCGAGGCGAAGCGACUGGACCAGCAGUUCUCCACCGCUCAGCCUCAGCUGGACGACGCGUCGGUCUAUCGCAUCUUCAACAAGCUCAUGCUCGAGGGCAAGAUCCGGGCGGCCGUCCGCUUCGUCACCGAGAGGGGCGGCGGGGGGUCCUCCACCCAUCUGCUCAGGCCGAGAAGCGCCCCCCGGGGGUCACGGUGCUCGAUGUCCUUCGCAAGAAGCACCCACCAUAGUAGCAGCCGCAUGAGGAAGCCUUCCUUUCGUGUGACGACCUUCCUCCCCUCAUUGACGUGA